UGUAAUGUGGUCAAUAAAUUGUCUGACAGGGAUGGUCACCUUAAACAGGAAAACGUCUACCUUAGACUGUAUAAGUCAAAAAGAAAAGAAAAAGAAUAUUCAAUUCAAGUUGGACCAUUUAUACGAACCUUUAAAGAAGAGGAGUUCUGUUUCUUUGAAUUAGAAGAGAUAGAACUUAGUAUACUGGAAGAGAAAUUAAAGAAAUCCAAACCAUUUGUUUGUCUAAGACAGAAGACAGAGGAAGAAGCAUAUGAAAACUUUCUGUGUUUGACGAUUGUUAUAUAUAAGGAUGAAAGUCCUGAUCGUUUGUUCCUUGGAUCAAACAGAAUUAAAUUGUUUGACAGAGUGGUGCCUGGAAAAACUUCUUAUCUAAAAAAAUUAGACAUAAGACUUGAAAAAACAUUUGGUAAAGUGAUGAAGCAGUGGUUUAUGUACAGUGUUGAAAAUAAUAAUGAACAACCUGUCCGUGUUAUCUUAAGAAAGACAAACUUUUCUGUGUUAGAUAAUAAAUUAAAUGUGUUACAUUAUCAUCAGCUACGCAAUCUUGAAUUCAAAGAAAUUCUGGUUAAUCCAUUGAAGAGAUUAAUUAAUAUGGAAAUUGUAGAAAAAAGUCAAUGUGCAGAAUUUCAGCAUGUACAUCUUAUUAAUCUGAGAUCAUCGAUGUCGGGAGACGACAAGGGUUAUGAUUUCAGAACUCAUCUGUGUCAUCAGCUACAAGAGAUCCAUCAGCAAGAACAUUGUGUUGAAAUGACAAGUGACCCAAGCCCAGAUGUACUUAAAUGGCUGACAGAUCAGAAAACUUUAUCUGGGGGUAGUGUUUUUUCUGAAAGUUCAUCUCAUUGUAAUAUUGAGGGGUCAUCAUCAACAUGUGGUAAUAAUCAAUUACCACUGCCUUCUCCUCAUCACCAUGAAAAAAAUCAUGAAGCAGUGGAGAAUUCGGAAAAUUCAAGUGAAGGGAACUUUGAUGAUGGUAAAGGAAGUUCUAUAUCAGACAAGUCAUCGUCUUUCGAGGUCGAUUCUAUAACUGUGAGUGAGGAAACCAUAAAUAGUGAUAAAAUUUCAACUACUUGUCCCUUCACAAUGGGACAUAGAACAUGGGAUGACUCAAGUACAGUACCUCCACCAGCUCCACAUGAUGACACGAACAUUGGAGCAAUGGAGAAUUCAGAUGGGAAUACUUUGGUUAUUGUGAAUCAAAGUGAUCCCGUCAAUCCUCCAAGUUGUAAUUCACGACCUCCACAAGGGCAUUUGAUUAGGGCAGAGAGUGUGGAUGUUCUUUGUCCACACAAACAAGAUAAUAAUUUGUGCAAUAAUGACCUGCCAAAUAGAAACAGUUGUUCGAGUGAUGAUAGCGAAUAUCAAAGAAUUUAUUAUAAGAAUCUGGGCUGGGUAAGAUAUUCCAAUAAUAGAGUGAGAAUUUUACAGCGUUUUCAUAGACAAAGACAUUUAGGAUUGAAUAUUACUGAUGUUGACUUUGAAGUUGUGAACAAACAUGAAAAGUGGUGGGAUAAUGAAUUCAAAAUGUGCGAAGAAGAUGACAUUUUCAUGAGAACUACCAGGAGUAAGGUGUGUAAUAAGAAAGCAGUAUCAGAAACAGAAUACUGGAAUGGUGAUCUGUGCCUGACAGUACAGCUAAUGAUGGAAAGGAAAAGUCCGAAACUAUCAAUGGACCUUGACCUGUCCUGGUCCCAGCUCUGUGCUGUUAUUAUCCACCUCAGCUUAGACCAAAGUCCAGCUUGUAUGAAGAAAGAUUGGAGAGAUUUUGCUGAAAAGAUAGGUUUAAAGUGCAGAGACAUUGAAAUCAUACAAUAUUUUUGUUAUACACAAAGAGAAUGGCCUGCAAGAGUGGUUCUGUGUCAUUGGAAACUGUUAUCAAGCAAAUACGAAAAUGCAUGUGCAUUCAAUUUCUACAACUUACGAAAUUUUUUGUUGGAGCUUGGUCGUCAUGACAUUUUAAAAAUUGUGAAUUAUUCAGAAACAAACUGUUUUGAGAGAGUGUAUGAUGAUUGUUCUUCAAUUACAAAGUUGUGAAACUAGAAGAAAUAAUGAACAUGAUAAAACGAGGUCUAAAAAUAGGCUCAACUAUCAUUUUCAUUAUUAUGUCCUCUAUGUGAAGAAUGUUGUGAAGGGCGACAUCAGUGUUACAUAUCAUUUAAUGUCAUUAGUGUCAAGGUUAAUUGUUGGAAUUAAAUCAAUACAUUGAAAAACAAAGGGGAGAAAAUUUUUCAUGAUGAUUUUUCAUUAUGGCAGUAAUAAGUAUACAAUGCUUUGCUGGGGUGUGUGAAUGAAUUCAAUUCACUUAAAUCACAGGGAGAUAAUUCAUCCAGUGCAUAACUAUUGUAUGAUCAUUUUUUUAGUUGUAAUUAUUAUAAAGUUAUAGGCUCAAAACAAAAUAUUUCAAAUGGCUUGUACAGAAAAUCUCAAUAGUAGGGAAGUUCAUAACUUGUUAGAGCAUUGUUUCAAGAAUAUUAUAAAGUUCUUUAUGUAUUUUUAAAUCCUUCUAAUAGUCAAUGGUCAUUUUUGUAACAGUAACAAUUAUAAUGUCCUAUACUGUAAGAUAUUAAUUCUAAAUGUACACAAUUCAAACCAUUAUUAUAACACACACAUAUAUAUGUUGAAUUCAAUGAUAAACCACAGAAUGCCAUUCACUAUUUAGUACCUAUGGAAAAUAAACAAAUUGCUCAUUUUCAUGGAUCACUCCAAUAAUCAAAAUUAUCCUUUUCCAUUUCUGCAAAUUUAUGAUUCCUAAUUGAAAUUUGUAUGCCAAUUUGUCUGCUAGUAUAUAACCAUCCCUUCAGUUAAGUUACCUACAGAAAACUAUUAGAACUGCCUCUUAUUGGCUGUGGGAUGGACAUAAGGAAUAGAAAACUUUUAAUUGUUUAAAGUAUUGUGUAAUUUAAGAAUUUUGAAAGAUGUGUAAAGUAAUUUUUACUGGAGUCAUUGUUGGUCAAUUUUUAUACGACCGCAAAAAAAUUUUGUGGUCGUAUAUUGGUAUGACGUUGGC